CGGACUACCGAAAGCCCUACGGUGACGAGUGAUUUUAUUGAUCGGCUGUAGCAAUCCAACUGCAAGCAGCCUUCUCUAAUGCUCCUCCUCCGUCUCCGCAGCUCCAACCUCCUUUCACCUCUCCUCCGCCGCCGCCGCUCCGAAACCCUAAUCCUUAACCCUCGCCGCCUCUGCACCUCCUCCUCCGAGUCGCAAUCCCAAAGCCCCUCGUCGGAAGCGGCCCAGUGGACGGGCGAGAUCCUAUACUUGGACGAGUCCGGUGGCGUCAUCGGCUCUGACCGCGGCCUCCGCCCCGCCGAGCCGGGACGCGACGCCCACGUCCUCGAUGGCAGCCUCCUCCGCCCCAUCCCCCGCUCCUCUGCCGCCGCUAAGCUCGUCGAACUCGCUCGCAGAUGGCGCUGGGGCCCGGACCUCGACUCCAGCCUCGACCGCCUCCCCUUCUCCCCCGACCCAUCCAUCCUCUCCGUAGCUCUCGCGGCCCUACCCGCUGCUGACCCAGAACCGGCGAUUUCGCUCUUCCGCUGGGCCCGACGCCAAUCCUGGUUCGUCCCUUCGGACGCCAUCUAUGUCCUUCUCCUCGAUCGUCUCUUUGCUGCCGUCGACUUUGACGCCAUUCAAUCCCUCUUCGAAGACAUCCUAAAAGCUGCCGCUUUUCCCGACGCUGAGCCCUCUGCAGCUACUUUCUCAUCUUCCCUCAACCUCGCUGUACAAUAUCUCUGCAAAUCUUCCAAACUCGACCUCGCCUUUUCCUUCUUCAAGAAAUUGCGAGAUGCUGGUUUCAAAGGAAUAAACGCCCAGACCUAUAAUUCCCUCAUGACUCUCUUCUUAAGCAAAGGCUUGCCCUAUAAGGCCUUCGAGAUCUACGAGUCCAUGGAGGGCAGCCAUUGCUUUCUUGAUUCCCCUACCUAUGAUUUGAUGCUCCCUGCCCUUGCCAAAUCUGGUCGGCUUGAUGCUGCACUCCGCCUAUUCGAGGAAAUGAAGACUAAGCGAGGCACUGAACGACUGGCAUUGCCAAUAUAUGCUGCGCUGGUGGAUUGUUUAGGUAAGGCUGGAAGGCUAGAGGCAGCAGUAGGGCUUUACCAGGAGAUGCAGUCGGUCGGGUACCGGCCAUCUGUCACAAUGUACGUGUCCAUAAUCGAAUCAUUGGUGAAGGCUGGGAAGCUCGAUGCUGGCUUCAAGCUUUGGCUGGAGAUGAAAGGCACUGGCUUUCGUCCAAAUUUUGGUCUUUAUACUAUGAUGGUUGAAGCUCAUGCAAGGUCUGGACGGCUUGAUGCAGCGAUAUCCAUCUUUGCUGAUAUGGAGAAGUCUGGUUUCCUCCCAACUCCAUCCACCUAUGCCUGCCUUAUUGAGAUGCACUCUGCUGCAGGACAUGUGGAUCAUGCAAUGAGGCUCUACAAUUCAAUGACCAAUGCAGGACUACGACCGGGAUUGAGCACAUUUACAUCCUUACUGAGUAUUCUAGCCAACAAGAAACUUUUGGAUUUGGCUGCAAAGGUUCUUCUUGAGAUGAAAGCUGUUGGUUUUGCAGUGGAUGUCAAUGCAAGCGACUUGCUAAUGAUAUACAUCAAGGGUGGCUCAACUGAUCUGGCAUUGAAAUGGCUUCGAUUCAUGGGUUCAGCUGGAAUCAGAACUAAUAAUUUUAUCAUAAAGCAGCUUUUUGAGUCAUGCAUGAAGGCCAGGCUCUAUGAUUCUGCACAGCCAUUGCUCGAUACCUAUGUGGGAUCAGCCGCAAAGGUGGAUUUGAUACUCUACACUUCAGUUCUUGCUCAUUUAGUGCGCUGUCAGGAGGAGAAGAAUGAACGGGCUAUAAUGGAGAUCAUGGCUGUUACAAAGCACAAGGCUCAUGAAUUCCUGUGUGAGCUAUUCACCGGACCAGAGCAGAGGAAGAAGCCUGUGCUAUCAUUUGUUCGGGAGUUCUUUCAAGGCAUCGAUUAUGAAGCAGAAGAGGGUGCAGCAAAAUACUUUGUGAAUGUGCUUUUGAACUAUUUGGUACUAAUGGGGCAGAUGAACAGAGCAAGAUGCGUUUGGAAGGUAGCUUAUGAGAACAAGUUGUUCCCUAAGGCAAUUGUCUUUGAUCAGCAUAUUGCAUGGUCUUUGGAUGUCCGGAACUUGUCUGUUGGGGCAGCUUUGGUGGCAACGGUGCAUACCUUGCAUAGAUUCAGGAAGAGGAUGCUAUACUACGGUGUGGUUCCGCGGCGCGUCAAGUUGGUGACAGGGCCAACAUUGAAGAUGGUAGUGGCUCAGAUGCUUAACUCAGUUGAGUCACCAUUUGAGAUUAGCAAAGUUGUGCUGAGAGCUCCAGGAGACUCAGUCCUAGAAUGGUUCAAGAAGCCUAUUGUCCAACAGUUUUUAUUGAAUGAAAUACCAUCGAAAGCAGAUGUUUUGAUGCAUAAGCUCAAUGUAUUGUUCCCCAGUUGUGCUCCAGAAGUCCGGUCAUUUUCCCCUCUGAAACAAGUUUCUAGAAUGACAAGAUAAUGAACUGAAUUGCAUUGCCUAACAGUUGGGAAACUUGAGCAAGCUCUUGAUAAUCCUAUAGUAGAUGCAAAGGUGACAAUGGAACAAGUCAGGUGCAGUUUGCUGUAUGAAAAGUUGAGAAGAAAGAACAUUGAUAUAUGCCUCACUCAGAGGUACUUUGUCAUAGGAGCACAGAGGGUGAUCUAAGUUCAUAGAUAGAGUAAAGCAGAGAAAAAGCAAGAGUAGAUUCAAGCUCAGACUUUCUUUUUGUUUAGAAAAUCUUACAUUUUGGAUCGUAUAUUUUCUCUGUGAUGGUGUUACUAAUGUGAACAUUUAGCGGUGCUUUCUACUUAUUACUUUUAUAGAUGAUCAUUCCAAAAUAAAGUUUGG